UAACCGGUACUAAAAAAAAAAUUGCAGAUCGAUAACCCCUCCCCUCUGAAUAUUUGCACAGGCCAAGCCAGGAUCCGGAAGCGAAUCAGGGAUGGCGGCGCUUCGAUACCCGGCGAGGAGGCUCGCGCUCCCGCUACCUCUGACGGCCGGCAUGUCAUCAACUUUUGCGAAGGAGCAACGACGAUUUUUGCCUCGCCUCGUCCACACGAGUGGCAUCACUGCUGAGCAGAAAAAAGACGUUGCAAUUCGCUUAGUGCAAAUUGACGCAAAGAAAGAGGAGCUGUACAGUCUUGUUUCUGACCUUCAAAGGAACUACAAGAUUCCUGGCAAGAUAGGCCAAGAAAAUACUCAGCUGGCACAUCAUCUUGCUGUACUAGUCAAGCCUAAACCCAGUGACCCCUACUGGCGCUUGCAUUCAAGAGCAUACAGAAUUAUGGAUUGUAUGCAGUUGAUGGGGCUCUGUUGUUUAGGCCCUAUGGUUAUGAUUGGUUUGUCGUCAUGCAUGAAAGAGGCAUAUGAAGAAGUGGAAGGUGAUAACCGUGGAGAAACUAGCAAAAGCAGUGAAGUCUGUCUUACCUGACGGGGAAGCAAAGAUGUAGACUACUAGUCUCCCAUAAAAAGAUAUACUCCCUCUCCCCCGAAAAGAAUGUCGCAGAUUUAUCUAAAUUCGGAUCUAUCUAGACGGAGGUAGUACUUCCUCUGUUUGGUUUGUAAGUCCUUGAAUUUUGAGUCUAACUUUGUGCCUAAGUUAACAAGGAAAAUAUAAAUUAUAUCACACAAAAACAA